AUGAACGAGUAUAUCGAAGAGUCUAUCAAAAGACAUGGUCGCCGUCUUGAUCAUUUCGAGCGCAAGCGCAAACGCGAAGCUCGAGAAGCCCACAAGGCUUCAGCAUAUGCACAGAAAGCUUUCGGUAUCAAGGGCAAGCUUUUGCACGCUAAACGUCAUGCCGAAAAGAUUCAGAUGAAAAAGACGCUGAAGGCUCACGAUGAACGCAAUGUUAAGCAACCCGACUCCGGGACAGUGCCAGAUGGUGCCCUUCCCACCUAUCUUCUUGACCGAGAGGGUCAAAAAGACGCCAAGACAUUAUCCAGUGCUAUUAAGCAGAAGCGCAAGGAUAAGGCUGCCAAAUUUGCUGUACCUCUGCCCAAAGUUCGGGGCAUUGCAGAAGACGAAAUGUUCAAGGUUUUAAAAACAGGAAAAAGCAAAAGCAAGGCUUGGAAGCGUAUGGUUACCAAGGCUACAUUUGUCGGAGAAGGUUUCACGAGAAAACCUGUCAAGAUGGAGAGAUUCAUCAGACCAAUGGCUUUACGAUACAAGAAAGCUAACGUUACACAUCCGGAUUUGAAAGCGACCUUUCAACUCCAAAUUUUGGGCGUAAAGAAGAACCCACAAUCUCCUAUGUACACUCAACUUGGUGUGAUGACCAAGGGCACCGUGAUCGAGGUCAAUGUUUCCGAACUUGGCUUGGUGACUUCAGGUGGAAAGGUCGUGUUUGGAAAGUACGCCCAAAUUACAAAUAACCCAGAAAAUGACGGCUGUAUAAAUGCUGUACUACUUGUAUGA